GCCAGUCCCCGAUGCCGAUAUCCACCCCGAGGCCACUGGCCCCGCCAAAGCUCUAGUCGCCAACCACCAAGCCGAACAGCCCCUGAAGUUCUAUGCGGGGUGGUUCUGUCCCUUCGUCCAACGCGUCUGGCUCGCCCUCGAAGAGAAACAGAUCCCGUACCAAUACAUCGAAGUGAACCCCUACCACAAACAACCCUCCUUCCUCACCCUAAACCCGCGCGGCCUCGUCCCGACCAUCACCUCCCCGGAUACCUCCUCCACUGCGCGCCCGCUCUACGAGUCCACCGUCAUCCUCGAAUACCUCGAAGAAGCCUACCCGACGCACACGCCCGCCCUCCUCCCGCAGGACCCGUACCUCCGCGCCCGCGCCCGCAUCUGGAUCGACUACGUCACCUCCCGCAUCAUCCCCGCCUUCCACCGCUUCCUCCAGCAUCAGCCCCUGCCCUCCUCGUCCCAGGGGGGUAAUACAGGGGAGGAGGAGCCCCAGACCCUCCGCGCGGAGUUUCUAGCCACGCUGAAGGAGUUCACGCGGGAGCUGCACCCGCAGGGCCCGUACUUCCUGGGCGAGGAGUUGAGUCUGGUGGAUGUAGUACUCGCGCCGUGGGCGGUUCGGUUGUGGGUGUUUGAUGAGUUUAAGGGGGGAUUGGGGGUUCCGGCGCCGGGGCAGGCGGGG